AUAAUGAGGAGACUGAUAUGUAUAGCUCCUGUAGUUAGUUUGUUGUAAAACAUGAUCGCCAGUGGACACCUUCUAAUCUAAAUUGGUUCAGAGAAGCACAACCAUUAACAAACAAUCAGAUUAUAGCUGCCCGAGGGAAAGUUUGCUAUUUCGGUGGUUUUGUAUUAGCAAAGUUAAAGCACCAGCUCCAAGUGAAGGCGACCAAUUUGCUGCGAAAAUAUCAUAGGAAUGACAAAAUUAAACAUGAUAGGAAAUAGCCAGAUGGAAAUAGCUUACGUACAAAUUAUCAAUGAAAUGUGUCUCUCUGAAUAUGGAAUAACUGGUGAAACUAAGGAUUCAGCAUGCAUUCAACUGACAAUGGAGAAACAAUUCGUUAAUGGGAAACUGGACCAUAUUAUUGAUGAAUCAAAUAAUUUUGUUCUCCACAUUAACUUAAUAGGAAAUAAUAGUAUUGACAAGCAACACAUCAUUCUUUUGAUCAAUUCACAACUAGGAGAUCUACAGAGAAACACAAAUGUCAAUUAUGAUCACUCAAAAAUGUCAUCAAAAAGUGACAUUAGAACAUUUGGGACGCAUACCCAUGACCAUAAUAACCAUAAUUUUGUCAAAACCUUGUUGUUUGUGAGGAAAUUGUAACAGAAUGAAGUCAGAUAUACAGUAAAACAUGUCUAAACCAAACACCAUUGGGAACAGCUAAAACCUUUCAGAUUAGGAGGUGUUCACAUUUCAAGUUUUUGGCAUAUGCAAUAUGUCGCAUUUUGAAGAAAUGUGAACACAUUGUCAAGAAAUGUUUAUAGUUCUAACUUUAUAGCAUUCCAGUAAUUUGAAAGUCUGAUUCAAAUGAAUUCAUCAUGCUAGAAAGACCAAUUAAGAUUGAUACCAUUCAAUGUCCAUGUUUCAAAAGCUUGGAUAUCAUAACAGUUCAGUGUUAAAUCGAAAAUAGUUAAACAAUUAUGGAAGAAAAAUGUGAUAUUUUCAGAUUGUGAGGUGUUUGGAUUAGACAGUUGUACAGAUAUACAGGUUUCUCUAUAUGUUUUUUAGGGUGUGAAAGUCUCAUGAAGAGAAAUAAAAAAAACAAACGUAAUAGCAAAAUUAGCAAUACUUAUUGAACGUAUAUCAUUCCAUUACAUAAAACUUUUCAAAAGAGUCAAUAAUAA